UUCCAGUUCCGGCCUCACAAGGGCGGGGAGAAGUUGGGACCAUGCGGCUCUCGGUCGCAGCCGCCAUCUCCCAUGGCCGCGUAUUCCGCCGCCUGGGCCUUGGUCCCGAGUCCCGCAUCCAUAUGUUGCGUAACUUGCUUACGGGACUGGUGCGACACGAACGCAUCGAGGCGUCAUGGGCACGCGUGGACGAGAUGAGGGGCUAUGCCGAGAAGCUCAUCGACUAUGGGAAGCUGGGAGACACCAACGAAAGAGCCAUGCGCAUGGCUGACUUCUGGCUCACGGAGAAAGACUUGAUCCCAAAGCUGUUUCAAGUACUGGCCCCUCGGUACCAAGGUCAGAAUGGGGGCUACACGAGAAUGCUGCAGAUCCCAAAUCGGAGUAAGCAGGAUCGGGCCAAGAUGGCGGUGAUCGAGUAUAAAGGGAACUGCCUUCCACCCCUGCCCCUGCCUCGCAGAGACAGCAACCUUACACUCCUGAACCAGCUGCUGCAGGGGCUGCGGCAGGACCAGAAAGCAAGCAUCCACAGCUCCCACGCAGCCCAAACACCAGGGAUUUAACUGGAGCCAAAGAGGAUAUGGCCCUCAUCAGUGCCCAUGAUCACAGGCCUUUGGAGUACUUUUAAUCUCUGAGAAGAACUGAAGCUAGAGUUUUAAAAUGGACAACUUAAUGGAGCCCAGAAUCUUCUGGGGAGCCAGAUAACCCUCUCUUGGCACAAUAGAUAAAAUUCCUUCUAUGAGUAUAUGUAAACCAAUUUUUUUUCUCCCUUUGGGAUUCUGGAGAAUGAGAACUAGCCAAAUGCUGAAUCCUUGUGUGAUAGUAAAUUCACAGCAUGUGUUUCUGGCUCUUA